GCCCGAUACCACAUAUUCUAUCAUCAGCAACAAUAUCACGAACGAAACGCCUGGAACCUCACCAAGAUAGGCACUUCGAAGGAAAAAUCGAAAAUCAGUCAAGAAGUCUUCAAAACGAGGUUCCCUAGAUACCAACAGACAUGCCCAAUAUUGCGGACCCGUUUUUCAAAUCAGUAGAUCACACCAGUACCAAGCGUAAACGACCGAAUCGUAAGAAAUCAACAAUCCAAACCAACAAAUCGAAGAGCAAUCAUAAAAAUCAAUCAGAUAACAAAAAGAGUAAAAAGAAAAAUGAACUCGAUGAAGAGAUAGAAGAAAAUCUAGACGGCGAUGGCGAUGGCGAUGAUGGCCUUUCAGCCGAUUUGAAUGAUGAUGACGCAGGAGGAGAAUCCGAGGAGGACGAGGACUUGGAACAUGAAACUCCUGCCCAGAAAAGAUUGCGGUUGGCACAAGUUUAUCUCGAUCGACUCCAAGCAAGUAAACAACCCGAGGAAGGUACCUUUGACGCCGCUGAGAUUGAUAGGGAGAUCAUUUCUUCACGACUUCAGCAAGAUUAUCUUGAAACCACAGGCAAACUAUAUACGUAUCUGGGCGAAAAGCUGAAAACAGCGUUUGAAAAUUCGACUUGCAAGCUGACUAGUUGGAAAACUGGAAAGCAGCACCACCGAUUACCUGUAACUUGCGCAAAGCUUAAUAAGGACGGCUCCCAUCUAUAUGUGGCGGACAAGCAGGGAAAAAUUGUACAGUAUGAUUGCAGUCAGAUUUGGACCUUUUCCCCGCCUGUGGACACUACGCAAUCAACACUCCACGCUGGAGUCAUUCGACCUCUGAGGGUAAUGCAAAAUCACGUUCCACCGAAAUCUUCAGAUCUAGAGAAAUUUCAAAAGAAGCAAGAGUCUAAAAAGAUCAAAUCUCUAUCUAACGCGGCACCUGGAACUCAAGAUGGACACAUCGGCGAAAUCCUGACAAUCGACAUCACGGAAGAUGAGACAAUUUUAGCGAGUGGAGGCAAAGACAAGCUGGUCGGCGUUUGGGAUUUGACUGAUAGCCAGUCAUCCAAAUGGAAGACUGGUCUUCGAGGCCACAAGGAUGUGAUUUCAUCGAUUUCCUUUCAAGCGGGAACACCCACUCUCUACUCGGCGUCGUAUGAUAGAAUGAUCAAAGUAUUCAACCUCGAAAGCCUGACGUAUUCCGAAACCUUAUUCGGUCACCAAGACCGAAUCCACUCGAUCUCUGCGCUUCGCAACGAGUUUGUGGUCUCUGCUGGUGGUCGAGACCGGACCUGUCGGUACUGGAAAAUCGUGGACGAGAGUCAAUUGGUUUUCAGAGGCGGUGGGAACAGCAAGAUGAGAGACCUGAUCGACGGCGUUGGAUUCGACCCGAACGAAGAGCCAGACGAUCCGAAAUCCAAGAAACCCAGACCAACAACAACCGCCAGCUACGCAGAGGGCUCCAUUGACUGUGUCUGUAUGGUUGAUGAUAAGUUGUUCCUUAGUGGUGGCGACAGCGGUUCGAUUUGUCUAUGGACAACUAGCAAAAAGAAACCCGUAUUCACUGAAUCUCUAGCGCAUGGGGCCGAGGCGAUAACAGUGACGGGAACGACCAACGAAAUUAUCAAUCAACCGCGAUGGGUUACCGCCCUAUAUUGCAUCCCAUACAGCGAUUUAUUUCUCUCGGGCUCAUGGGAUGGACUGGUCAAGAUAUGGAGACUAGUCAAAGGAGACAGGGGCUCAACAGACAUCAAGAAGUUCGAGUUCCUUGGUCAAAUAGAUGUCGGCCUCCAAUCACCCGGCUUUGUCAACAGCUUACACGCCAUCAUCCUUUCGAAUGAGGGCGAUAAUCAUCGCGAAUCCGUCCCCAAAAAGCUGCUUAUCUCCACAGGUCUUGGACAAGAACAUCGGCUAGGUCGAUGGAAAAAACUCGCUCAUGCCAAAAAUCAUUGCCUUCUCACUUUAAUAGAGUUUUAAAUGCCUCCUAAUCUUAUAUCGACAAACUUAACAUCUACAAUUUUUUUUUUUUCAUCAACGUAUCCCUUUUGUUUUUUCGGAAGCUGCAAAUUGUAAUAGAAAUGUCCUUUCUUUUUUUUUUUUUUUUAGUUUUCUUGAUAUCAUGUGAAUGCAACUUCACUAUCU